GUUAAUGAUACAAUAGUCCAUAUAAUGUUUAAGGUGCGUGUUCUGGGAAAUGUACACCAUCAUACCGUACAGUGUGUAUUAAUGAUAAAUAUGUUCAACGAAAAGAUAUUUUUAUUCUUGUGGUUUUGGUAUUUUAUGGUAUCAAUUGUAAGUAUGUUCUCCAUGGGUCACUGGAUGCUCAUAUCAUUUCUACCGGGACAGCAUAUGAAAUUUAUUCGAAAAUAUCUGAAAGCGACGGAUCUCGCAACGGACCGGCAAUCUGUCAAAAAAUUUGUGCACAAAUUUCUCGGGUACGAUGGUGUGUUCUGCAUGAGGAUGAUAAGUGCCCAUGCGGGCGACAUCAUGGCUACUGAACUUAUCGUCGCUCUGUGGCAUAAUUUUAACGACAGGCGAGUUGAUGCUAAAUUUGCCAUUGUUAGAGUAUUUUCUGCAUGCAUUCGAUACGCAUUAUGA